AUGGGGCCCCCUACUGACCCCGGGCCCUCGGGCAGUGCCCGAGUUUCCAAAUGGUCAGUCCGCCCCUGGUGACAUCUACACUGAUCAUCAGGGCACUGAUGAUCAGUGUGCCCUGAUGAUCAGUGUGUCCCAGAAGUGCCACCUGUCAGUGUCCAUCAGUGCCAGCAGUCAGUGCUCAUCAGUGCCACGUGCCAGUGCCCAUCAGUGCCACAUCAAUGCCACAUAUCAGUGCCCAUCUGAGCUGCCUUUCAAUGUCUCCCAUCAGUGCCAGUCAGUGCCACCUAUCAAUGCCAAUCAGUGCCACCUAUCAGUGCCAGUCAGUGUCGUCUAUCAGUGUGCAUCAGUGCCGCCUAUCAGUGCGCAUCAGUGCCGCCUAUCAGUGCCAGUCAGUGCCACCUAACAGUGCCAGUCAGUGCCACCUAACAGUGCCACAUAUCAGUGCCAUAUAUCAGUGCUGCCUUUCAGUGCCCAUCAGUGAUGCCUGUCAAUGCCCAUCAGUGCCACCUACCAGUGCCUCCUCAUCAGUGCCCAUGAGUGCCACCUAUCAGUGUCCAUUAGUGCAGCCUAUCAGUGCCCAUCACUGCAGCCUCAUUAGCGCACAUCAGUGAAGGAAAAAAAUCACUUAUUUACAAAAUUGUAUAACAAAAAAUAAGAAAAAAAUUGUUUUUUUUUUCUAAUUUUUCAGUGGUUUUUGGUUUGUUUAAGAAAAAAUUA